AUGAAAACAAUAAUUGCAUCACUUUCAUCAUAUAUCUUUUCUCCUCCAGAUUCAAUCUCCUGAACAAUAUUUACGCAUUUGGUUGAUAAAUCUGUAACCUUUUGAAUUAGGUAAAAGGAAAAAAAUGGGUCGGAGAAAGAUAGAGAUGGAGAAAGUGCAGGACAUGAACACAAGGCAGGUUACCUUCUCGAAACGGAGGACGGGUUUGUUCAAGAAAGCGAGCGAGCUGGCUACUCUCUGCAACGCCGAGGUGGGUAUCGUCGUUUUCUCUCCUGGAGGCAAACCCUUUUCCUACGGAAAACCCAGCGUCGAGGCUGUCACUGAACGAUUCAUUAACGAUUUCGAAGAGACGGGCAGUGGUUGUAAUGAUGAAACCAGAGUUCGAAAGAGGGAUAAACAGGACGAGAUUAUUGAAAACCUUGACCGACUUACCAAACAGCUCAAAGCCGAGAAGAAACGAGGAGAGAUGCUUCAGGAGAACCUUGAAUCUGCUGGGUAUGAGAGAUUCUUGAAACCCGUGGAAGAACUUAGCCUCGACGAGCUCAAGGAAUACAAAUCUGUGUUGCAAGCCAUGCAUGAUGAGAUCAAAGGUCGAGCCACUCAGAUGAAGGCUUCAUCCACUCUAAUGCUUCUCUCCGCCGAUAAUGGCUCCUGCAACGCUGCAAAUGAUGAUGAUGAUUAUGAUGAUGAUGAUAACUAG